CUCCUUUAUUGACUGCAGGUAUUCAUGUUUGUUGUAGGAUAGAUUGAAUUAGGUAUGAAAAAAGUAUAUGUACAUACUAAGUGCCUGAUUAUAUUUGGGAUAGUCCUUGAGUUCUUCAGCAGAGCUCUGAAAAGCAACUCCCCAGAUGAAAUGUUUGAGUGAGGACUGCUGUGGGUAAGGCCAUGUUGAACUCUGUGAGGAAGUGGCCUUACAGAGCUGCUCAUUGCUCCCUACACGUUACUGCCUUGCUUUCCUGACUCAUUCUCGAUUGAUCUUGAUUCACCUGAGGAAGAUGAUGGAGGCAGAGAUGAGAAAGGCACGCUUCCACUCCAUGAUCAGGCAGGUUCACAGGUAAAACACCCGAGGCAAGGCUACGCCAAGGCUUAGGCUACACCAAAACUCCCCAUAGGCAGCCGCCUGCUGAAACUCCCAGGCCAGCAGGAGCCGGCUGGAGGGCAGGAUGCCGGUGUGCGGUCCCUCAGCCCGUGCCCGCAGCGCCCCGCGCCGGCUGUGAGGGCGAUGCGGCAGCGCCCGGCCCCGCCUGGCUCGGCGCAGCCGCCGCCAGCCCUUAGCAACGGGCCGCGUCGCCGGCUGGAGCUGCGGCCAUGGAAGCGGGACUCGGAGUCGCUCGGAGCCGGCGGAUCUUCCUCAACCACCUCGACUCCUACUGCGGCCGCAAUAUCGGCGAGUAUUUAUCCAAAUGUGUUGUUGGAGCGUCACUAGAAAGCAUAGAGGAAGAGGAGGAGGAGGAUGAAAAGAACUCAGCUGCUGAAGUUUCUACUAGGCCAAAGGAGGGAGUCUACCAAAUAGUUGGUACCCUUUCUAAGCCAGGAGGUACUAAACCAUGUUUUGCAGAGGAAACAUAUGAAGUCUCUUCUCAGAAAGAGCUCUUAAGUUAUUUGCUUGAAUGUGAGAUUAUUUUGUAUAACAUCACUGAGGAUGCAAAUCAAAUUGAAGAAGCAAAAUGGGCUGCUUCUGCCCUACAUACAGAAAUAGAGCAUUUUGCGACACCAAAGGUAUUCAUCCUCAUUUCAACAGUAAUGACCUGGGCAAAAAGCAAACCCCCUGACCCAGAUGAUUCUGAGAUUCCUUUUACUGAGGAAGAUUAUCGCAGAAGAAAAUCUCAUCCUAAUUUUAUGGAUCACAUAAAUGCUGAAAAACUUAUUUUAAAGCUUGGGAAAACUAAUAAACAUGUAUUUUCAACUUAUGUUGUUGCUUCAGGACUUCAGUAUGGAGCUGGGGAAGAUGUCUUACACUACUUUUUUAAGAUAGGUUGGCUCAGUGAGGCUACUGCAAUACCUGUUUUUGGACAUGGAAACAAUUUUAUUCCAACCAUUCAUGUUCUUGAUUUAGCAGCAGUGUUACAGAAUGUAGCAGACCACAAGCCAAGGUUUAACUAUAUACUUGCGGUAGAUGAGUCUAUGCACACUCUUCAAGAAUUAAUAAAGUGUAUCAGUAAAAAUGUUGGACCAGGAAAAAUUGAGAAGAUUCCAAGAGAAAAUGCAUUCUUGAGUAAAGAGUUAACUCCUCUCAAAGUUUACAUCCACGGUCCGCCUGGGAUUGGCAAAUCUACCAUCGCUGAAAACCUCUGCAAACACUACAAGCUGCAUCACAUUAAGAUAAAAGAUGUGAUUUCUGAAACAAUAGCAAAUCUGGAGAAAAUUGUGGCUCCUAAAGAAUUGGACUAUGACAGUGUGGGUGAGGAGGGAGAAGAUGAAGAAGACGAAGAAGAGGGUACAAAUGUAGAAGAAGCACAUGAAUUGUUGGCUGGAAUUAAAGAAAGCAUGGAGCAGAAUGCAGGUUGUUUAGAUGAUCAGUAUGCUGUUAAACUCAUUAAAGAUAAGCUCAAAUCUAUGCCUUGUAGGAAUCAGGGAUAUGUUUUAGAUGGGUUCCCAGAGACCUAUGACCAGGCAAAAGAGCUUUUUAACUUGGAAGAUGAAGAUGAAGAAGAAGAAAUCAAAGGCAAAAUACCUAAAUGUGAUAAAUUAAUCACACCUGAAUUUGUUGUAUCUUUGACUGCAUCUGAUGAAUUUCUUAAAAACAGAAUAAUAAAUCUACCAGAAAGUGUUGUUGCUGGAACUCAUUAUACUCAGGACCGGUUUCUGCAAUCUUUAAGUCUCUUCAGAGAGAUAAACACAGAAGAUGAGACUGUUCUCAACUAUUUUGAUGAACUUGAAAUACAUCCUCAGUUUAUUGAUGUAGCCAAAUUUGAAGAUCCUGAGAACAGAUUUAUUGUAAAAGAGAUUGUCAAAGAAAUUGGGGAACCUCGAAAUUAUGGUUUGACAGAUGAAGAAAAGGAGAGUUUGGAACGGAAAGCAGCUGAAGAACGCCUUGCCAGAGAAGCUAAAGAAGAAGCUGAACGAGAGCGUAGAGAAGCUGAGGAAAGGGCUGAAAGGAUGGCAAACUGGGAAGAGUGGAAUAAACAACUGGAGGAAGUCAAAAGACAAGAACAAGAGUUACUGGAGGCCCAAUCUAUUCCACUACGAAACUAUUUAAUGAAGAAUGUCAUGCCAACACUUAUUCAAGGGUUAAAUGAAUGCUGUAAGAUCAGGCCAGAUGAUCCUGUUGAUUUUCUGGCAGAAUAUCUCUUCAGGAACAAUCCUGAUACACAAUGAGGUAACAUUAAAUCCUAACAGCUGUAGAAACUGUUACAUGGAAAGGAAGAACAUCGCUAAUGUAUUUUACAAUAAAAAUACUUAGUUUUUGAACAAAAAUAGUCAUGGUUUUGUUUAGGUUCAUUAUCUAAUCUAAAUUUUUAUUUCUCAUACUCUACUAGUAUGUUGCAUUGGGUUUUUAAUAUUCCUUCUGUAAAAGUAUCAUACGCCACACAUUAAUUAAUACAUUUGUGUAUCUGUAUUUCAUGUAUCUACUUCAAAGUCUGAACCACAAGAAUCUGUUCUUUCUCCAAAACUUUCCUCUUGAAUUUUUUCAGUUGUGCAUCAUAUUUAAGCAAUAUAUUGUUGUGAUCUGGAAAGGAUAGCCUGAGGAAAAUCUUUUAUUUAAAAAAAAAGGAAAAAAAAAAGAGGGAGAGAAGAAAUGGCAUCUUCACUCAAAACAGAAAUAAUAGAAGCAAUGAGCACUCGUAUUUUCUCCAUUACCUAUCAAGAGGUCAAAACACUUGCAACACAGCCCUCUUGUGCUCUAGUGACUGACCAGUUAAACAAUUUCCCAGUAUAGGUAUGUCAUAAAACCUGUUUGUUUUUUUUUUUUUUUCCUGUUUUCUUUCUUCUUUGGUACAAUACAAAUCGGUGUAUGUAGGUGUAAAUCUCAUCAUUGAUACUUGAUAAAUGUUUUGAAGAAUGAGGAGUUUCCAGGCUGUUGAUGUAAUUCUUUUUUCUCUACUGAUUUUUUGUGCCUUUCAGAGAACCUGUCAAUGUCUGUGCUGAGUGAGCUGAAACUUGUAUCAAAUUUGGUGUAAAACAAAUGCAAGAUUUUGUCAAAACAAAAAGACAAGGACUGCUUGGGAGAAAGAACUGAAAAAAAGUAGUGAUAACAAAAUAAAUUGCACCUCUUUUACCAGUUAGUUUUGGUAUUUAAAUUUUAGAUGUAUUAAUUUCCGAGGUGCUUAUCCAGAUAUAUUACUAUUUUUACAAAGAAACAGUCCCCUUUUGGCUGUUUUCAACCAGUCACACAGUCAAGGCAGUGAUGAUAGCCUGAAGAGAGUUCAGGACUAGUAUCUCCUACCCUAAAGGUACAUUUCUUGGGCAUGUGAAGUUCCUGUAUGCUGCCAGUCCAUGUUACCACUUACCACGUGAGGCAACUGAAGAUGAAAUAACUGGUAAUUUUAGACAAAUUUGUAGGUUGAGUGCUACUUUUUCAGACCAAAGAUGAAAAUCGGACACUAAAAAAUGAGGUAAAAUAGGCCUUUAGUGUAGUUGCUGUUAAUAUAUAUAUUUUUCUAAGAAGAAACUUUUCUGAGUAGAUAUGUGAAGUGUGAGAAUUGUUAAGUUUUUGAAAUCUGCGUGGUCUCCUUGUGGCAGAGCUUUUAAAACACCUAUUAGAAAACAAACUCCCUGCUCUGCGUGGGACCAAAAAGAAAAAAAAAAAGAAAAAAAGAAAAGAAAAGCCUGCUGCGGCUGACUAUUCCCCCAGGCCGCGGGGCUGCCCCUGGGACCCCAAGCGGCCCCCACAGCCCCGGGUCCGCUCCCGCCGCCCCCGUUCCCAUGGCGACCGCAGGCCGCGCUCUGCCCCCUCCCCUCGGGGCCGGUGCCCGCCGCCAGCAGCGCGAACCGCCGGCCCCGCCCCUUCCCGCCGCGCGCACGCGCCCCCUCAGAGCCGUUAGCGCUUUGUUUUCAAACCCCCGCGCGGCGCCACGCGGCGGAACUACGACUCCCGGCACGCCCCGCGGCGCCGCGGCUUGUUGCGCAGGCGCGGGCGAGUCAGCGUGCGCGGCGUGCGGGGGUGGCCGCGGCGCUGCGUGGGGCCCCCCCCCGUUCUAGAACGUCGCUGUGGUAGCGCCCGGGCGCCAUGUUAGAAGGCCGGAGGGGAAGAGGAAAGUGAAGCGGCGGCGGCCGGGCCCAGCAGCGGCUCUGCGCUCCCGGCCGGCCCGCGGCCCGGCCCUGCCAUGCUCGCAGCUCCCGCUGCCCGGCGGGACGAGUGAGCGGCCCCCAGGCGGCGGCGGCGGCGGCGGCGGCCUCGGC